GUGUUUCAAAAAUCACUCUGGCACAGGCUAAAACUACAAUUCCCAUGAUGCACUUUCCUCCUGCCCAGCAUUUCCUGCAGUGCACAUGAAGCUGUAAAGAGCAGCAAUGUCUGAGACUGUGGCAUUGUCAGUGCCUGUGAAAGCUGUUAUAGUACCAGGUAAUGGAGGAGGGAAUGUGGAUUCUUGUAUCUGGUAUGGAUGGACAAAAAGGAGACUAGACAAGAUUCCAAAUUUCCAGUGCUUGCUACGAGACAUGCCUGAUCCAUUUACAGCAAGAGAAUCAAUAUGGCUUCCAUUCAUGGAAUCAGAACUACAGUGUGACAGCAACACUAUAAUCAUUGGACACAGCUCUGGAGCAGCCGCAGCUAUGAGGUUUUCCGAAACGCAUCAAGUGUUUGCAAUAAUUCUGGUGGCAGCGUACACCUCUGACUUGGGUGAUGAAAAUGAGAGAGAAAGUGGAUAUUUUAAUCGUCCUUGGCAAUGGGAGAAGAUAAAAUCCAACUGUCGUCAUAUCAUUCAGUUUGGUUCCACGGAUGACCCAUUCCUGCCAUGGAGCGAGCAGCAAGAAGUGGCUGAUAAUCUGAGUGCAGAGCUGCACAAAUACACUGACCGGGGCCACUUCCAGAAUACAGAGUUCAAAGACCUGCUAAAUGCAGUGAAGAAACUGCUUCCCAAUUCUGCAUAAACUUAAUUUAACUACUUAUAGGGAAUAAUGCAGACGCCAUUGCUGAAUCCAUUAUUAAUGGGUUUUAUAGAACAUGAAAUGUCCCUGCCAUGUUUCUCGUUUGAUAUUGGAUUGUUUUUCUUCGUAAAUAAAUUCUGCCUUUAAAUACUGA